GCACGGCGGCGGCGGGCGGUGCGGGCGGCAUGGCGGCGGCGGGCGGCGCGGCCCCGCACCCGGAGCCCCCGCGGCGCGGCCCGGCGGCGGAGGCGGCCGGCGAGGAGGAGACGGCGGAGGUGGAGCUGGCGGCGGAGCUGGCGGCGCGGCGCAGCGCGGAGGCGCGGCGGCUGGUGCUGUCGCCGCGGCGGCUGUCGGGCCCGCUGCCCGCCGGGCUGUCGCAGUGGUUCCCGGCGCUGGAGGUGCUGGACGUGAGCGGGACGGGGCUGGCGGAGCUGGGCGAGGAGCUGCUGGCCCUGCCGCGCCUCCACACGCUCCUGGCCAAGAACAACCGGCUGGGCGGGCCCGGCUCGCUGCCCAAGGGGCUGGGGCAGGCCCCGCUCGGCCGCUCCCUCCGCGUCCUCAACCUCAGCGGGAACCGCUUCGCCGAAGUGCCGCCCGCCCUGCUGGGGCUCCGCGGGCUGCAGAGCCUCAGCCUCGGCGGCAACCGGCUCCACGGCAUCCCGCCCGACAUCCAGGAGCUCCGCAGUUUAGAGUUUCUGUACCUUGGAGGGAACUUCAUCACUUCAAUUCCACCUGAAUUAGCAAACCUGCCUUCCCUAAGCUAUCUAGUUCUGUGUGACAACAAGAUCCAGAGCAUUCCACCUCAGCUGGCACAGCUUCAUUCCCUGCGUUCCCUUAGCCUGCACAAUAACCUGCUGACUUACCUUCCUCGAGAGAUCCUUAACCUGGUUCACCUGGAAGAGCUGAGCUUGCGUGGGAACCCACUGGUGGUUCGCUUUGUCCGUGACCUGACCUACAACCCCCCAAGCCUUCAGGAACUGGCUGGACGCACAAUUAAAACUCGCAAUGUUCCCUAUGCUCCCAGCGACCUCCCAGAGAAUCUUGUCCGGUACCUGAGCCUGGCCAGCAAUUGUCCCAAUCCUAAAUGCGGGGGUGUCUACUUCGACAGCUGCGUCAGACAGAUCAAGUUUGUUGACUUCUGUGGGAAGUAUCGGCUCCCGCUGAUGCACUACCUGUGCUCCCCGGAGUGCUCCUCGCCCUGCAGCUCUGCCUCCCAGAGCUCUACUUCCCAGAGCGAGUCUGACUCCGAGGAUGAAGCCAGCGUCGCUGCACGCAGGAUGCAGAAAGUCCUCCUGGGAUAACAGGAAGGAAAACGUGUUUGGAAAGCAAUAAUGGAACAGCGAGGCGUGAGCCUCUGGUCUGAAGGGCUCAUGAGAAACUGUCCUCAAGUUUAUGUAAGGGGCAGAAUAUCUUAGCAAGCCUAGGCUUGCUUGGUGCAGUGCUGCUUAGGAGAACUAACUUGGUGGCAUACUGCCUGUGGGGUGCCUGGGGUUGCUAGAAACAUCUCCUGUUUGGGAGACUGCUGCCACUGUCCCUUGUACAGGCUGGGGAGGGGGAGCUGGGGCGAGGGAUUUGUUCUCACUGGCGGAUUGAGAAAGGUUUUAACAUAUGAUACUUGACUGGACUUGAGUCAUCCUGCAGAGCAAAGGAGACUGUCCAGAUCUCUUAACACUGUGGUAAAUCAGAAGCAGGCUAAUGAUGCCAUGUGAGUGUGUAUGGACCCCAGUGUUUUAUAUAGCAUUUUGAUUCUUUGCUGUCUCCUUCACUUUCAGUUGCAGGUUUCACACCCAUCCACUAAAAAUGGGAAUUGGGUUUUUUCAGGAGUAGGUUUUUCCAAACUGGUUACUCUUCCUUUGCCUAGAGGUGUAGGGUUUCUGUGCUGUUACAGAUGUUACAGCCAUCAUAGAACUGAGACACUUUUUUUAAUCCCUUCUUAUACCAAGCUGCUCUUAGUGUUUCCUCCUAACUGUAUUCGUCAUUUUCCCUCCCUCUGCCUCUUCCCAUUACACCUGAAGCGUUGCUGUCUUUAUGGUGCCUUUAGAAAACACAUGGGUUGUUCUGUUGAGACUUGGUAUUACUUCACACUUGUGGCCAUACAUGCCUGUGCAAGGGACCAGAUGUGAUGCUCUUUAUCACGUUUUUGAGUCUCAGCUUACUGGAGCAAAUCUGCUUUUAUAUCUCUGAAUUGCAGGAAAGGUCUCGAUUGACAUUUCUUGUUUCUAAACAGCCAUGUCCCCCUGCUGCAGCUAGCUCUGCUAUGCUUGGUACAGUUACUUUCCGUGCUUAAGAUUAUCUGCUUAAAGUAGGCAGCAGCUUAAUGGGUUGGAAGUACUGAGAGAAGUGCAGUGGAGAAUGCUUUGGGGGUUUUUUCCUUAUAACAUGAGAGGAAAAGCCGUUAGGGAGGCAGAGGUGCGUUGUUGUCUGAGCAUCUUGCACGAGGUGGUUCUCAAACCUCUUCCUUAUUUAUUUGUUUGCAUUUGCUCUUGUUAUAAUAGCUUUGGCAGCCUGUUGGAUGUUCAGAUAGCACAUUCGGUUAUCUUAAACUAUGUUUCAAGUACCGAGAAAUAGUUUAUAAAAUACUAUGAAUGGGCAGGUAUCUAUAAAUCUACUUUAUGGGGGCUGCUGUAUGUUUUGCUCAGUGAGAGCUGCCCUUUUAUUAGUACUUCAUGGCAGACUCCUUCUGAUGCAGUUUCAGAUAGAGCAAAUGCAACUGUGCCUUCGACUGCAUGAGCAGAGCAAAUACAUUCUGUUAAGAAGCUAAAUGAACAAGAAAAACUUUUCUUAACUCACUUUGGCCCUACAGGGGAAAUUAAAAACCUGUGCUGCUCUCCUGUAUUCGGAAAACAGAUGCACCUAUUUGAAUAUCUUAUGGCAGCUCUGUGUUAAUGCUCCUGUUUAAUUCUGUUUGACACUUUAUAUGUUAAAGCACUUUGAUAAUUCUACUCUUUGUAACUAGCUUUAGUGAUUUAUUUUUUGUUUUAAUCAGACUACAGUUUUUCCUUUCAUGUGAGCUGAAGAACAAGGUCCAUGAAAUUUUGUACGUUCCAGUCUGUCUCGGUGUGCAGGUUGAACUUCUUGCCUUGCAUUUCCUUGUCAGCACUGCUCAUUUCCCUGGAAAUGGAACUGGAAUUUGAAAGAAAUGAUCUGGUUAUAAAAUAGCACCUCAUCCGUUAUUAAUCAUUGCAGCUUAGUCUGAAGGUUUCCCACAUGCACAGAUCCAUCCACAAGGAACUAAAUUGCACAUGUGCACGCUGUGUGCCUUUCCAAAGAACUUAAGUAUCUUUUUAAGACCCACUAGGGUGGAUGUGCAGAGCAACUGGAUGUCACUUUAGCAAAUUCUGUGAGGUUUGCUUAGGAAGAAGAACCCACAGGUUUUGAGAGGAACCGGCUGCAUGCCGUUAGGUAAAUUGGGAUCAGCGAGUGGCCUGUGUUUUGUUCUUCAUCUCCUCUUUCAGAUGUGUUUUUCUGUCCCAAGUGAAUGUGGUCAUACCAGUGCUGAAGGACAGUAAACUGAUUGCAGAGCCUCAGUGUUAAAUUGGCUGCUAGUGUAACAGUACCGAGCAGCUGAGUUGAUCUAGAGCUUGGCUCUUCUGCCAGAAAAAGUGAGCCACACAAGUUGAGAUCUCAAGAUCUUUUGAGCUCAGGACCACAAGGUGCCACUUUCCUUUCUUCUCCUUAGCAGCAGCUGUCUUGAAGUCACGUAAUUUUUCACUUCACCCCAGUUCCUGUUUGCACAGCAGCACUUGUGUGUGUGACGGGUUAAGACCAGUGGUGGCUGGUUCUAACUUAGCUCGAUUCUUAAGUGCAUUCUCUUUUCUAACUGAACAGGCAUUCCAUUUCUGCCCCAAUUCUAACAGGGCUAACAUUUGUUUUUUCACAGCUUCUUCACUGUGGCCAGGUCAGAACUUGACAGCUCAUGCAGCUGAUAUCUCUAUGCAUUUUUACUUGAUAAGAUGUCUUGUCUCUUAAAAAUUUUGUAUAUAUUCCUGAAUAUAGCUAGCAAGGUUUCUUCUUGCUGCUGGGCUUUAAAGUGCAAUUCAAGUAUGUCAGAAUUUAAAGCAAUCAAGGAAUUGUAAGAAAAACAAAUGGAUGGAUGGAUGGAUGGAUGGAUGGUUGGUUGGUUGGUUGGGUUUUUUCCCUCAGAGGUGGAUUCAAAAGGACAAAGGAUGCAGGUUUGUACUGUAGUGCCUAAUAUACUGAGCCUCCAGGAGUCCAGUUUUUCAGCAAUUGUUAGCCCCCAAAGACUGGAAAAUGUACUGGGCAAUAAAACAGGUAAGACACAACUUGAAAAGACGCUGAUGGAUGGGAAGUUCUAGUUCCUACCAUCCCCUUCUCAGGGGUCCUGAGAAGUAGAAAGUGGUUUUGCUCUUUUGGUCAGUUUUAAAUAGUUGAGUUCAGUUCUUACAGAUGCCUUUCCAAAUGAAGUCUUCAGUCAGUGUUUUGGUAUCAGUCCCCUUGUUGCUACAGCAGCCCAGCACGUCCAGCUUUUGAAACUGUUCUUAAGCUAAGACACAAGUGUGUGAAACAAAGUUGCUCAUUCCUUCUUCCCUGCGGGGCCUGGGACCCUGCUGGCAUUCAUCCUGCCCUGCCGUCGCGCUGCCAAGGGGAGCUGCUGGUGUGUUUCUGAAUGCAGGUACUUCAUGUGAACAGUGGGGUCGUGUUAGAAAGAAGCAAAAUAACAAUUUGACUGGAAGCAACUUACACAGUUGCCAAUUCUUUUCUGUUUUUCUUUGGUAAGAGGUGAGACUUGAGGAAGUCAGUAAUGAAUAUUUAAACAUGCUCUGAAGUGGCCAGAUGCAGUUUUUCAUGAGCUUCUGUCCUGGUCAUUUUAAGUCUUUGAAAUCUUGUGUUGAAUUAUAAUGGGAGUGGGGGGGAGGGAGGGGAGAACCAUCUCCUUUUCGUUCCUUACUCUUGUUGGCAAUAAUGAAUGGAAGGAAUUUAACCCAAUGAAAGUAAUGAAACUUAAUCCCCGCAAUGUGUCUUUGUUACCCAGUUCAAAGAACUAUUUUAAUGCAUCUUAUUCACACCAUGCCCUCCCUCCCCAACUGAAGAUACUUCAAAUAGACUACUUCAGAAUGCACACUAAUACAGCAGUAACUCUAUCUUGGAAACCUUUCUAUUGAUUGUUUCAUUUGCCUGUCUGACUAGAGAAUUGAUCUUUUACUGACCUGAACGUUAAGGGUAGAAAGGGUUCUCAUUCAGCCUUCUUGUUGAAUUUUUAUCAUGAGCAUUUGUUUUAGGAAGUCUUAAAAGUGCCUUAUGUUUUGAAAAGUAUAUUUUGCUAGGAAUGUCUGAAUGUAGAAGAUGUCUAACGGUAUUUCGUUAUGAGCUGUAAAACAAAUUGCAAACACUAAACCAAAAAUGUUAUUUCUACA